AUGCCGCGAGGUCAUUUCCGAACUUCCACGGAGACCGGGACUGGCAUGAUCCAGACGCCUCCAUCGGCGUUCACGGGCACGCGCAAAGGGGCUCCGCGAAGCAGGGCGAGACGUCUCCUGCCAGUGAGGUGAGCCAUGCAACCUUGAGAUAGUAUUCUCAUCUCCUGUGGUGUGACUGACUCUGUACACUACUUUUAUUGCCUCUUGACAGGGACCUAUUUCAGAUCACUUUGCGACGUCUGCCCUCUGCUUCAUGCCUUACUUUGCCAACGGCUACGGCCUUCAGCUCAGUACCCAGGUACCGGUAACUCUUGGCCCACAUCACACCAAUCAUUUCGUUCCGAGAACCGGCGAUGCCGGGCCUGAAACCGCCCGACAACACGCUCCGAAUGCUUCCUCUUUUUCGUCCUCGUAUGCACCGUCUCCGCUCGGUGCCAUUGCUCCAUGGUAUGAGCACGAUUCCCGGUCUUUGCUGGACCAGACAUCGCAAUCAAGUCGACCGCCUGCCUUGGACUGGGCGAAUUCGGUAAAUUCUCCUGUACUCUGUGUCAUGCGGUGUUCGUACAAGGCGCAGCGCUGUUGGGGCGGGGGAGGAGCAGGAUGUUGCACAGAUACCGCGGCGCUACUGACAACCCCUGAGCGGGAAUGACAAACACUUCUGUAUUCUAGCACCCAUACUGACCGCACAUUGACUCUCAUUUCAGGCUUUCGCAACGGCUGUACCGCCGAUGCAAGGCGAUGCAAAAAGCUAUUCUGCUUCUUCGGCGUCUCAGCCCUCCACUUUCUCGUCCUCGUCGCCAUCGUUGCAUCGGCCUCAUCACGCCAUGUCCAGCCUGAGGUCACUGGAGGAAUCGAUCACGAAUGCUGGCGAUAGUUCAUUUCGCGCCGGCUGUGUAGUUCGCGACGAUGCGCCUGGUCAUUUCCUCGACCAGGUCAACGCUCAUUUGACGUACACGCAGCCACUGCUCGGUUCAUCGCAACGCUUUCAAGACUCCCAGCCUGGGUCACAGUACUCUUACUACACCAACUAUUGGCCAUCGUCAGCUUCUACUUCCUCUUCGAGCUCUGCGAUGCAAGGCUCGGCCUACCCAGAUUCUUACAAACAGUCCGCCACCCCUAUGGCCCACUAUCACGACGACCCCUCGACGUCACUGCAGUCUGUGCCCGAACACAUAUCGGCGGAGCACACCCGGAGAGCAUCUUACCCCUUCUUCGGCACCGACAUCAUUCGCGGCACGUUCUCAAGUCUACCUGCUUCUCCUGGCUCAAUGGCGACUUACGCGCCGACUUCGGGAUUUACACAAGCGAUCUCUGCUCGCGGCAUGCUGGCUUCGGGAAUGCCGAUCCCAACGCUCUCUCCCAUCAACACCAAUUUCAAUUCUUUGUUGGGUCGCACCCGAACUACGUCGUCCGCGCCGGCCCGAAGUCCGAGAACGAGACAAACUUCGACACCCGGCGAAGGGGCGAACGGGGUGUGGCCGAGCCCGAAAACGUCGGCAUCUCGCGCUCUCACGGGUGGACUUGCCGGGUCUCCUCAUACGCCCACUUCACCGCGGGCACUCCCCUCCUCCCCGAGUACGCCACUUCUUGAGUCCUUUUAUGACCCAACUUGUCCGACCGUCAUCUACGCGAAGGCCAAUCGCGUACUCGUGGGAGCUAGUCCCUCGGCGACCCCUUCGCCUGCGUCGACACCCGCCGGCACACCCCUCGUCGCAAAUGUCAAAGAUUUGCCCAUGAUCAAACAAGGGCGAGUACUGGUCGAGUCCGACGCUUUCUGCUCACACUGCCACCGCAUGCUGGCUUCGCUGAUAUUGCGGGGGAAAGAGGAGCAAUUCCAAACACCACACCGUGCCGACUUUAUCUGCUUCACAUGUCAACCACCAAUUGACGACAAAGGAGUAUCCGUCAUACCCCAGGUCGACGAAAAGGACCGGGACGAGAUCACAUAUGAAAACUCGGUCUCAGCUCUGCUCGAUUCGUUGUCCGGCGUCGACAUUCAAGCGACGGAGGAGAGACCCCCGCAAGGUCGCGGCAAGAUCGCUUUCGCUGGGAGCAAGAAACGCAAGGUCAACGUCGAGCCUCUGACGUGUGACGUCUGUCAGCGAGAUCUUGCAGCCGGUGGCCUCAGUUCGCAGCCGACCAAUCUGCCCGUCGAGCUCAUGAUUGAGGUCGUCUGCGUGUCGUGUGCAGCUAAGUACCAACGAUGCUCGGACUGUGGAGGAGGCGGAGGCGGCCGAGUUGGGUGAGCCAAGAUCAUAUUUGGCUUUGCAUACACUGAAAGGCACUGACGCCCUUCCCACAACGCUAUGAGUAGCAUCGGCAAGUGGCGCUGCAAAGAGCUAUUUCGGGACGGCCGGCGGAACUGCUCGCUUUCCCACGUCCGACAGGGGCCACACGACAUGCAAGCGUACGAGAUCUGGUCUACCAGUCAGGUGCCACCCGAGGAACUGGAUUCCAUGAUUGCCGCGAUGCGGGAUGUGACGAUCAGCGCCAUCAUGAGCAUGGGCGCGAUCCCAGACAUCUUGGAGGCACCCACGCCGUUGGCGAGAACGUAUGACGAGCUGCAGCGGUAUGCGGUCGACACGUGGUCCGUCUUCGAGCCGCUGGCAAGAAUGGCGAGUGAAAAUCGCUUCUUGUCUCCGCUCGUAUACACCGUGUUGAGGGGAUGUCUCGAUGUUUUUGUUUUCAUGAUCGAUCAGGACCAAUCGGCUGAACCUUACAUCCGUCGAUAUUUCGCGCUCCGCUGGACGACGCCCCACAAACGCAAGAAAAAGGGAGCCGCGGACCUCAAAGUCGAGCCUGCCUCUGCACGAACUUCUGUUCCCAAGACUGGGCCAGAGCCGUCGGAUGGCCGGGUCGUUAUGCGCAAGAACAAGACGCUAGCCUCGUUCAUCUUUGGCGAGCUCGACCUCCGCCUGGGAUCAGCUUUCCCUAUGCUCGUUAUGCCCAAAGGUACGCGACCUGGAGACGGUCCUGAGGGUUACGAUAAGGUUGCUGACUUCCCUACUCGACCCCCGAGCACGUGCAGGCAUCGGAGAUGCCUACGACCAAAACACUAUCCUGAUGCAAAAGAUGCUCGAUCGCAUGACCAAGGACGUUGCCGAGGGCAACGCGACGAGGAUCAGGAAUCGACAAACGCCUUGGCCCAAAUUGGACGAGGUGUGGACGAUGGGUGGGUUGAAUUUGAUCCGAGUGCGUCUCGGCUGCAUGCGCGGUAGCUGAUUUGUCUCUUCAUUUAUUGCACAACAGUCGUCUUCAAGAAAGAGUCCUCGUUCCUCAACCGCACCGGUGCGCGCCGAGGCUUCAUGCCCCUUCAAGAAUGUGAGUCAUGUUCGCAGGCCCUUCGACACGCCAGAUUACAUGCUGACAUAUUUCACCACCUAAAAAGAUCUCGCCGAACGACCCGACCGCGUCGACCACUUCCCACCGCACCGAGCAUGCUACCUCCCUCCCGAACUGA